AACACAGCCUCUACAUUUUGUCUUUCACAUCACACGAAGCACCCUUCAACAUAACAUCGAUCUUUUCAGAGAAUCCGAUGUGAGGGUCCGUAGCCUCUUUCGGUUCUAUUGUAGUUACAGCCUGGUGAAUGGUGUUUGAGAGAGAGACGAAUAAUACAAGCCCUCGAAAAGAUAUGCCAAUGUCAAGAAACGGUGGAGGAAAUGACCACAUCAUCCUUUCUACAGGAGUCCAACUAUCCCCCAGCAACAGCGGACCAAUGUCUCCAAGCGUGGAAGAGAACCCGGUUAGAGCUAAUAAUAGCAAGAAAGUGGUGACGUACAAGGAAUGCCUCAAGAACCAUGCGGCAGCCAUUGGAGGAAACGCCACAGAUGGGUGCGGAGAGUUCAUGCCAAAUGGCGAAGAAGGCUCCAUUGAGGCGCUCAUGUGCUCAGCUUGCAACUGCCAUCGGAACUUCCAUCGAAAAGAGAUAAAAUGCGACUAUCCUUUUGAUUGUUACCACUCCUCGGUCGGGCGGAAACUCAUCUUGGAUCCUCACAGUUACAUUCUGGGAUCACCGCAAGGGUACCCUCCACCAGAUACCUUGAUUUCUACAAGGGUAGAACCACCUCAGCCAAUGAUAAUGUCCGACAAAGGAGGGUUAAUCCCAUCAGAAACAGAUGAGAAUGAUGAUGGAGGGCAAGCCGCAGCAAUGUCAAGUGGAAAGGUGAAGAAAAGAUUUAGGACCAAGUUCAGCCAAGUGCAAAAGGAAAAGAUGCUCGACUUUGCGGAGAAAGCUGGAUGGAGAACUCAAAAGCUGGAUGAGUCUGUUGUGCAGCAGUUUUGCCAAGAGAUCGGAAUCAAGAGGAGAGUCCUUAAGGUGUGGAUGCACAAUAAUAAACAAAGCUUGGCAAAGAAAGACAAUAUCUUUGCUAUUGGUUGA